AUGUCGAUGUGUCAGGAAGCAUCAACGGACAACAUGAUGGAAUGCCACAUCCCAACACCCAACCUGACAAACUCCCCAGGAUCCCCGGGCUCCCUGGACCUUGAUCUGGAUUGCUCCUUUGAGGAGUUCGAAAGAUACCUUCCAUUAUCCAAUCUCCCUACACCGCCGCCAUCGGAUUCGUCUCCGAAAAUGCUUGUUGAGGUGGAUUUUGAAGAGGAAUUGAAUCCAGAGCUUUUCGGUCCCGCGACAUAUCUGUGUAGCAUGAUACCUCGAAACGCCUCGCGCGAAGCACCGUCGGCAUAUCUACUUCAGUCGAUCCUGCAACGAGCAAAUAUUAGCUUGGAGACCGUCGGACUGGGAAGCUGCAUCUUGGAUUGCCUAUCGUCGCGUUUUGUGCGCCGGUGGAGGGAAGAAUGGUGCGCAGAGACAGGAUCAGUCGAAGGGUGCGAGGUUCUAGCAGUAGCAGCCCUAUCAAUUGCAUUGAAGUUCUUAGAAGACACGUCCUUCUCUGUAAGGAUGUGGGCCAGGGACAUUGCAGGCGAUCUAUUCUCGUCGCGUCUUCUGAACAAGACUGAAAUGCUGAUCCUUGACGACAUAAACUUCUCUGUCGCCUCGAUCUGUACUACGGAACUCAUCGAGUAUUCCUUAGCCGAGAUGAGGAGAUGCGCACAGGCCGCUCCCCAGGUUCAGAAGUCAAAAGUUAAUUCCCCGCCUUCCAAAAGCCUUGCGAGGACUACCUUCCCACGUCUGUCCCAGGCUCUGGAACCAGUAAUCGGUGACGAUAUCUUCGAGCCGUUGCAUGAAAUGGAAGGCCUCGCCAUCAGGUGA